AUCACUCCGUCCGGCUCAACACUUGUCCGCACUGUGCUCAACGUUGAUAUAACAAUCCAACUCUCCGAAUUCGCCAAAUUAUCAAACUACGUGCUAAACUUAAAUUCCCACCGACUAAGUUUAAACUAGAUUCAAUCUGGAGACAAUCGGCGACAAUAUUCCGGACUAAUUUCUUUUGUGACUUAACUAUGAGUAUAAUAGUGAUUCAGUGCAAAGUGGAUAAAAGUACUUGCUGAGGAUGUGUCGGAUUUUCCCGGGAUAUUCGGAGACAAUUCUACGCUUUGUGCAACUCGUCCAACUUUUGCUCAUCGUUACGCGUCCAUCUUUCGCAGGUUAUGUAUCAGAAAUAUAUGGCCAGGAUGAUAAUAAUCCACGUUUUGAUGCGAUUAUAAGUGGAAUUGAAGCAAGAAUAGCCGAAACAGUAUUAUUACCAUGUACAGUGAGGAAUACAGGAGAUAAAGUGGUGUCAUGGAUGCGUCGUAAGGAUCUCUCCAUAUUAACUUCUGGAGAUAUCACAUUUUCAGCCGAUAGUCGAUUUGAAAGUGUUCAUAACCUCGAAGCAGACUUUUGGGGGUUACGUAUUCGUGGAGUGAGGUUAUCCGACGCUGGACAAUACGAAUGUCAAGUCAAUACAGACCCCAAAAUGAAUUUAGCAGUAAAUCUCAGUAUUAUAGAAUCAUCAGUAGAAUUUAGUCGUGCCCAGAUAAAAUCUCCAAAGGAGGUCAGCGCCCGCCAAGGAUCGACGUUAUCGCUGACGUGUGAAAUUACCGGCGAGGACACACAGCCGCUAAUGAAGAAAGCUCGAGUGCGGUGGCUGCACGAAAGCAAGGAAAUCACCAGCAAGUUUGACGAUGGUGGCAUCUCUAUAGAAACUGAUUACCACCAGGGCCGGAUUUGUAGCACGUUGAUUAUCAAUUUAGUCCAACAAAAACACUCUGGAAAAUAUACCUGCACACAGUAUGCUGCAAAAGAAGAUUCUGUCAAACUUAGAGUGAUUGAUGAUGUUCAAUUCUACAUGGAGGCUAUGCAAAGAGACUCGGCAUAUUCAUCCGCUUCUUCAUCAACAAAAAAUUCCAUGCAAAUAUUUACAUUUUGUAUUUACUUAUUAUUUUUUUUACAUUAGCCUUAAAGUUGAAUAUAAUAUAUCCAUGCA